CAGUCGCCUUGCCCUGCCUCGAGUCGGUCAGUGAAUGUGAGCUUGCCAGGCAGCUUUAGCAGCGGUUCUAUCUGGAUCCUCCACACAAGCUGUAACAGUUAGUCUACUAUUAAUUACAGAAACCUUUUUCUUCUUUUGGAAGACAUUUUUCAUCAUGGGCGACAAGAAAAGCCCAAGCAGGCCAAAAAGACAAGCCAAACCCACGGCAGACGACGGCUUUUGGGAUUGUAGUGUCUGCACCUUCAGAAACAGUGCCGAAGCCUUCAAAUGCAGCAUCUGUGAUGUGCGGAAGGGCACAUCGACAAGGAAGCCCAGGAUAAACUCGCAGCUGGUGGCCCAGCAGGUGGCGCAGCAGUACGCCACCCCCCCGCCCCUCAAAAAGGAAAAGAAGGAGAAGGCCGAGAGACCGGAGAAGGAGCGCGCGGACGGAGAGAGGCCCGACCCGGGCCGUCCCGAGGGAGAGGGGGUGCAGCCCGACAAGGACAGGCCCGAAAAGGAGAAACCGGACAGAGAGAAAGACAUCAGCCACCCAGUCGCCAAAAAACCCAGCAGCAAAAAGACCAAACCCAAGUCAGAUUUUCAUCAGAGUCCACCCGGCAGCAUUCAGUCAGCAAAUUCAACAAUCAAGACCAACAACUCCCACAUUUCGAGACCCAAGCUGAAGAACAUCGACCGGAGCACCGCGCAGCAGCUGGCCAUAACCGUGGGCAACGUGACGGUCAUCAUCACAGACUUUAAGGAGAAGACGCGCACCUCGUCCACGUCCUCGUCCACCGUCACGUCCAGCACGGGCUCGGAACAGCAGCACCAGAGCUCGGGCUCGGAGAGCAUGGACAAGGGCUCGUCCCGCGCCUCCACCCCAAAAGGAGACCUCUCCCUGGGGCACGACGAGUCCUUCUGAGCCCCGGACGCUCGGCCCACACGCUGGGAUCCCCCAGGGAAGGGGUUGAGUGGAACCCGCCCCCGUCCCACACCCCGCCCCCUCCUCCUCCUCCUCCUCCUCCUGACCCCGCCCCUCGUUCCCGCCCCUUCCCCGGCCUCGUCCCUGGAUUUGGAGGAUGCAGACAGAACACGGCUGCGCUCACGCCUCACCCACACAUCUGUCCUCACGGGACCUGCGCUCACGGGUGCGAGCAUGACGCUGGCAGGACAGCGGGGGCCUGUGGGAAUGGCGCCCCCUGGUGACACCAUGACACUUGUAUGUAUUCCAUUGUUUUAUAUGUGUAAGUGGAUGUGCGGCCUAAUCAAUUUUUUUUAUUUUGUAAAAUAUGCUGUGCAGUUUUCCACCUGCUUUUUAACAAUUCUGGCCCAUUUUCAUCCUUAUUUAUUGCUUGUUGCACCUGUACACAUUUAAAUAUUUCUUUUUGUCUUUCUUUUUAUUUCGUUCGGCUUCAUUCAACUUUUACUAAAUAGCAAGGCUUUCCUUCUUUCCUGUUGUUGUUAAAAAGUUGAAACGGCAGAAAUCUCAAACACUGGUGCUAGAUGGGGCUAUACUGUGAAUGGGCUUCAGCUCCGGGGUGGCUGUCCACUGAGAGGGACGGAGCGCUGAGAGACCCCUCUGCCCCGCGCGGUCUGCCGGGGCAGAGCGGCCGGGCGCCACGGUCCCGCGCGCGGCGUUCACAGGGGGGUGGGUUGGACUUUAAUUUGCCGCUAACGCUGCGCUAGCCCCGCUUGCAGGCGUCGGCCUGGCGACGCGCAGGAAAGAGAACACUAAUGUCCCCUCGGGUCCGCGGCCACGGCCGGCUUCACGAUCGGUGCUACAUGGGUCCUUUCAGAACAGAGGGAAAGGGAUACCACAACGUUCGGUUCCGCACGCUAGAACAAAACCAACGGACCCGGUCCAAUUCUGAGACCUGGGAGCCAAACUGCAGCCCUCGCUGCACUGGAUUCAGUUCUUUAUUUUAUCUUUAAACCGUUGGAAUUCUCUCUCCGAACUUAAAGAGUCAGUUUGCCCCUGAAGCGCGAAGGCCGAUGUACAGAUGUUUCUUUUGUGUUCUAACAGUGCUAAUGCAGCCGGACAUUUAAUGAAGAAUACUUUCAACCUGUGAUGGACAAAUGUAUUGAGACUCCAAUAUCUUAGUGAAGGGAACUAAAACGUAAUGAUUAUAACCUUAGUAACAGUACUAACGAUGAAGCGUUCUUCUCAGUGCCCAGUGCUCAGAUCGCAAACCUUGGACUGAUUUAACCAAAUAAAAACGGCUUUUCGUUCCCUAAAAUUUUAUUUUUUAUCUCCUCACUAUCUACCUUUGUAGGAAAUGGCAAGUUCUCUACAGUUCAGUUUCCUGUUAAAGUAGAGUAAGAUCAACACAUUUUGUUUUGAAUUGUACUAAACCUGUAUAAAGAAUAAAAAAUGUUUAUACAAUAUCUUAGUUUUAUUUAUUGAAGGACCAAAGGAAUUUGAUAUUGAUGAUAUGCUACAUAGACUAAUAACAAUUUUAAAAUGUUAUUAUAAAAUGUGUGAUAUAAAAUACAUUUUAAAUAAAGUCUAAUAUAAUCCA